GCGAGCCCGCGGCGCAUGUCAUUUGCUCAGCAUAUCAGCAAGUCGCUGUACCACCGGCGGCGGCUGACACUAGCAAACACCACGCCCGGCGUCGGCACACCGGAGGAGCGGCAGCUGCACUUGCAGCUAUACUACAAGCACACCAGCAGCCGCAAAACGCGCUGGCAGCCCAUGCUGAUUGAGUGGGACCAAAUUGCAGAGGAGCAACGGCAGCUUGGCAGCAGCAGCAUCAGGCCCAAAACAACAGUGCACAAGCUUAAGCAGCACCAGCAGCAGACCCUGGACACUGCCCUGCACCAAUCUCUCCCCCAAACAGGCGUUGGCGAGGCGGCUUCAGCGGCGGCCGCAACGGCGGCGGCUGCGGGCGCAACAGGCCC